AUGUCAAUAAUGGAAGAGUUUUCUACCACCGUCCGUGCGGGCGUAUUCAAUAAAUACGCUCAAGUGAAGAAAGCCAUCAAUACGAUCUGCAAGAAUCGACGCAAACAAACAAAAGGCACCACGCCACCGCAGAGACGGUCUCGGAUGGUUCACGGUGACAAGUGGAUCGACAGAUGGGUGCGGGUUUGGAGGUGUCGUGAUCUGAUAACCAGAACCGCCAAGGCUGAUCAAGUAAUACGCGAAGCGAUGGGAGAGAAGAAGCUUAAGAAGAUGUUUCGCGAUAGAAUAGCCGGUACCGAACUACCCCAAGAGAUUGGUGAGCUGACCUUGUCGGCUCCGAUUUGGAAAGGCAUUCAGAAGGAGAUUCGCGAUAUAGAACGAUCUUCGAGAGGCCCUCACCUUUCUUUAUAUUCUAGCGAGGACGAGUCGGAUUUCGUAGACGAUGACGGGGAAGAGAAUGAUGCAGUUGUCGGUUUAGAGGCUAAAGAAACACUACUACAGUCGAUUGAGGUGGAUGUCCAAAGUGUUGUACCUUCGACGUCAGAAGAUCUGCCAUCAGCACAACCUAAUCAGAGAGUUUCAGGGGGAGUCAACUCUCCAGAUCUUUCUCCAGUUACACAGGAAAGGCUUGAGGAGCUGGAAAAAGGAUUCAUCAACGUACUUAAAGCGAAUAGGACUACGACAGGCGAGAAGAUGUCCGUCCUCGGAUUAGCUCAGCGAAGUUCUAACCAGCAGGGGACAUCUUCAUCAGGAGCAUCCCCGCACCUACAAGAGGCUCUUGUUCGUAGACCUCCGAAGCUACCAUUAAAGAACAAGGAAAACGAUUAUUCAACCACUACUCUUGCUGUCAAGACACCGAGAUCCGAGCAAAGACGAAGUAGUAACGAUGAUACUUGCAAUAGUAUUAAUCCAAGUUCUGCCCCGUCACGACAUCUUAAACCCAGUACUUAUUCUGCAGGCGAGAGCGUUCUGGUCGGUUGGCACGCUCGUCAGAUACCUCUAACAGGUAUGAACGUCACAGCCGAGCAAGACUUCCGACAGACAGUAUUUGCGACAAUAAGCGCUGCUGGCAUAAUCAACUUCCGGCUGCGCAGCCAAAAUAUACAAGGGCGAACAGUGCCAUCAAAUUUCCGCCUCGGGAAGACUGUUUCCGUCUCUCGUAAAGAUGUUAUAUACCACCCUGCGUUUGAUGGUAUGUCCUACGAAGAAGUACGGCUGGAGGUAGCUCGUCAGAGCCUUCUUAGUGUUGAUCAGCGCACCGUCAACCGCGAGGUACCGACGCCAAUAACUGAAAGCACAGGUGCUACUGGCCCUAGGCCGAGUUCUGGGUUGGCAAGCUUGAGAAAUAAGUUACUUGGAGACAUGAAUGCAACCCUUGGUGCCGGUCGGGAUAGAGCAAAGGCUAGUAUGGAGACAAUAGAACCAAACGAUGUGGCAGUUUCAACGUUGCAAGACAGUAGCAAAGACACUAUGGCUAGCCAGCACGAAGUAAGAGAAGAAAGACCAGAAACGUCUGCGCAUAUCCUCGCGAGGGAAGAUGAGCGAAGUCUUAUGCCGCUCAUGGCCAAUAAAGAGAAAUCUUCUGGGUCGACCUCAAAGAAGACCGGCACGCCGAAAGCAUUAAGAAAGUUCCUCGCAGAUGAGGCCAAGAAGUGGCAGAAGCCUUUGGCACCAGUGAAAAUCCCACACACCAGUACACCACCGAGAAAACCUAGUCCCAAAUCGAAGAAACCUUCUAGGUGCAACAGGAUCACACCAUGGAGAUUUUACGGCACGAAGCCCCCUGAGCGUGUUCCUGCCGCGGAAGAACAUGAACCAAACCAGAAGCAGAGUUCCGAAUAUCGGCUACCAAUAUUCUCUCAAAGUUCAACCGGCCUCUUUGGGCGACCCCAGGACAAGCCCAGAGAUCGACGGACCGCCGGGUCUUGCUACGGCGGUGGUGUGGCAUCGUGUGACACAAUGUCGUCCAAGUUUAGCUCUCCGACAGUUGCUCGUCAACAUAGGUACGAUAGUUCUGACGACGAGAGCUUCCCUGACGUAGAAGAACUAUAUAGAAGGAGGCUUGCGAACAAAACUGAGCCUUCUAGCGACGCAUCUACUUCUGAAGAGCUCCAUAUACUUCAAACUCCUGUUGACGUUGGAGUCACGCAUAAAGAUGAUGCUUCGCAAGUAUAUCUAGACCCUCAAAUUUCCGAUCAUGCUCAAGCACAAACAGAGAUACAUGCAUGCCACUCGGAGGAUCUUACUGGACCGAAAGGGGUUUCAAAUGAAGAUACUCAAAAGAUACAGGCCAAGGGGGUUACUAAUGUGCUAUCCAGCUCGAAAUCAAAGAAGCGUUCGAGACAUAGGUCCAAGUCCAAGUCUAAGUCUAGAUCUGAUAUCUCAGAAGUCGAUUUCAUUGGGGGUAUCGCUUUGCCAGAAUCCCGAGAGGCUACUUCACCUUGCGACACUCGCUCGGUGAAGAGACGGAAGGGACCAGGACACGCACCCAAGACGCAUAAUAUGGCAGACCAGAGUAAAUUGGGACUCGGUUUGCACUUUAGUACAGCUUCCACUCCUCGAGAAAACGCUGCAAAUGACAUAGCGCUUGGAUCUUCAAAUGACAACCCCGUGGGGAAAAGCAAGGGCGAGACGAAUCCACCUCAUACACAAGAUGAUCACCAUACCUCAGCUCCUAAGCUACUGAACGAGGAUAGCCAUACACCUACACCACCUACCCCCUUCGCACCUCCCGCCAUACCCAGGGAGGCAAAGCGUAGGCAAAGGGGAAGAAAGAGGCCUGGUCUGGAAAAGAGACGGAGAAAGCGCAGGUACGAACCGAGACAACAACCAGAUUGUCCCCGGGGAAAGCAUAUGGGUAAUAGACAGGGGCCUCGCGAGUUCGACCGUUACAACCAAUCCAGACGUGACGUCAAGAGGGCAACAAGAGAGAAGACAACGGACACGGUGGAUUUUGGUAAGUUUGACGACGACGAUAAGUUGGAUACUCUAUGGCGCAAGUUGUCACGAAUGGAGGAGGUUGUCAAGAAAAUAGAGAAAAAAGACUGA